AUGGCCUCAGCCGCUGCCAGCCCUACUUUGGGGCCCAUCGAGCUAGAGUUCAUCUCUUACCUUAGCAUGAUUCCCUUUCAUCGAGCUGGUCAAAUCCUGGAUCUCUGUCCGUCCGACAUGUCAUUCCAUGAAUUCGCAACGUUAAUCAUGGAUGCUUUUCCCGACAACUACCUCGACAGAGGACGUCCAUUCGUUUCUGGCCAUCAUGUUGAAUUCGUCGAUGGUCGUCCGACUGCUGUUCCGGAGGAAGGGGAUCACCCCACAAUUGCCCCGAUGCAAACCCUUCCUGGCCCUUCUUACAAGCCCCGAGGCCGAGGUGCCCGUCCUCCUCCGAAGCAACUGCGGCCUCUGAACAGUUUCUUGGCUUUUCGUGGCAAGUACCAAAUUUACUCUGAAAUUAUCUUAUUCAAUACUAACAAAACACUAGCUUACAUUGCUACGGCACUACCUGCCAUUCCACAGAAGAAAAAGUCCAUACUCAUUGCGCAAUUUUGGAAGGACGAGCCCCACAAGGGUCAAUGGAGUCUCAUUGCUACGGCCUACACCACCGUACGGAACAACUUCGCUGUUUUUGAGUCCUCCGUUCCCACCUUCGCUGAUAUAGUUGCACGCAAUCUGUUUGGGUUCCCCCCGCUGAUCUCUAUCUCCCCUUGCUUGGGUGGAGGGUGA